AUGUCGACUCCAACCAAUUCAACAAAUGCGAGAACUCCAACCGGGCCAAAUGGCGCACCACUGAAAAUCAUGCGCCGUCCAAGGGCAGCUGACCCUUUGGUUCGACCGAAACGCAGGCCCGCUCCUAAACCCGCCGGCGCCACACCUGCUGGCAAUGGGACCGCGACGAAGACUCUUCCUACGCGCCCGCAGAUGGCAAACCCCCAUUCGGUAUUCCAAUCUGACCGACCUAUGAUUGAAAUUGCAAACAACAACAUGUCGGCGAACGGAUUCAGCGGUCCCUUGCUCAGUGACAAGUACUUUGAUUAUCCGGUGGUCACAACCAAGCGAGCUUUGAUGGAGGGACUGAAGCACCACGUCGCGCGAUUUGCCUCGAAGAAGAAUGUCGACCCACGUGAUGAAUCGCAAUUCACGAGACCAGUUCGACUUCACCGUCGCGACCCACGCGCGCGCAUACAUGAUCCACAAGCGGGACGGGCUGACGAGGAUGGUCAGCCGAUGGAUGAAGCCGAGCGUGAGGCCUUUGAUGCUCGGAAGGCGGCACGUGAGAAAGAGCGCGCUCAGAAUCUUUCGCAAAUCGCUCCGGCCAUUGGUUCGACCUCGAAACGACCAAAUGCGCCGAAGCAGAAGACACAGCAAGUUUUCAAAUCGGACAUGACCCCCGAAGAGAUUGCGAGAGCACGCAUUAAGUACGAAGAGGCUUUGCCAUGGCACCUGGAGGAUUUCGACAACCGCCACACUUGGGUUGGAAAUUACGAAGCGGCUCUGUCUGAGACACAUGCCGUCUUUGUCCUUGAGGGUGGAAAGAUGCGAAUGAUUCCGGCGGAGAAGUGGUACAAGUUCACUGCCAAGAGUAAUUUCAAGGCUUUGACAAUCGAGGAAGCGGAGAAAUUCAUGGCCAAGAGAGUCAAAGAUCCUCGAUGGUUCAUGGAGAAGCAGCAGCAACUGGAGCAAGAAAAAGAGUUGGCUGCCUAUGCCAAGCAGCGCAAAGUCUACGCCGGAAAACAAGGCCUGCAGGCUGGAAAGGGCGAGGGACUAGAGGCUACCGAGAUGGAUUUCGAAGAGGAUCGAUUUGCGGACGACGAAGAGCACGAUGACCUCUUUAUUGAAGAUGAAGAGCAAAAAGAUGCCGAAAAGAGAAUCAAAGAGGACCAGCUCAAGGCGAACGUGUUCGAUCUCAAGGAUGAGAAGGAGUAUGAGUUAGAAGAACUGCGAGAGAAACGGGAACGAGAGGCUCGACGUGUGUUGGGCAAGGGUGUGCGCAAGGCUCUGAAGAGGAGAGAACGAAAUUAUGAUUACAGCAGUGGCUCGGAUGUCAAUCCGUACACAGACGAAGAGAGCUCUGAUGACAGUGAAACCGAACGAGCCAAGGAGGAGGAACGCAAGAAGGCAGAAGAAGAAAAGAACCAAAAAGAAGCAGCCGCCAAGGGAACACUCACUCCCUCCGGGCGACCAAAGCACACAGACGCCUUUAAGAAAUCCUCUGCCGGAUCGCGGAAGAGGCCUGGAUCACCCAACGCCUCUGAUGCCAGCGGUACUGAUACCUCGCGUAAGAAGGCCAAGGGCAUGCAUCUCACCACCUCCCAACCCCCAUCACGUCCAAUGUCUCCAUCGGCCAUGCAGACAAGCAAGAAACGUGUUCGAAACAUUCCCGGUGGCGCUGGUUCUGGCAGCGACGUCGAGACAGGCGUAGGAUCUGGAGCGGAGAUGGCCGAGGGCGGCAAGGUCAAGAAAUUGAAGCUCAACCCCCCUGGUUCAAUUUCUCGUGGUGGUACUCCGCAAGGAUCUCGCGCCGCCAGUCCUUUGCCACGACCUUCCGGAAGCCGUGCCAGCAGCCCCGAAGGCCCCAGAGGCCUCCGUGUGUCUACUCCCAUCUCCGGACCUCAGACAUUCCCCACCGCUGGGGAAAUCCAUGCUGCUAUUCCAGCAUGUGGUAUUACUAGCAGUGAAUUGUUGAAGGUUUUCCGUCCUCGUAUUGGCGAGUCGAAGGAGAAUCAUCGCAGGUUCAUUGCCAUUGUCAAGGAUGUUAGCGUUUAUGGAAAGGAGGAUCGCAUGUUGCGACCUGGUCCCUGGAAGGGUUGA